GCCUAAGGGAGAGCGCUUAUUCGGGGGAGGGCUCUUACUAUUCAAGGAAAUAGGGGAACCUCUCGUCCCGCUGACAUACGGAAAUAGAACUGAACUCGUGACUAUGACAUUGCACACGUAGUCACGCACCAGUGAAGAAACGAGACAUGGCGAAAGUCACUGCGUUGAGAGCUUUCGCUAGUUUUCUCUUAUUUUUCGCAAGGAUUUCUCAUGGCAAAGGAGAUUAUUCCGUAAAUGGAACGGUUUAUUACACAGAUGGGAAGUACCACAUAGAGUUUGGAUUACUUGACAAAGAAAAUGGUGUAGCCUAUGGAACCUAUGAUGAUGCUUUGAACACCACUGGGUGGGGUGAACUUAAUAUUGCAUCAGGUUCAACAGGAAGUCACAGUGAUCAAACUAUCAUGUUUGCAGCUGGGUAUCUUGAGGGAGCUUUGACUGCUGGGAGGAUAAAUGAAAAUUAUGAGAACAAUUAUGACAUCGCCUUCAGAGGAAAACCAGAACAGCUUGUGAAAAAGAUUGGAGAAUGGUUUGAUGCUCAGGAAGAAUGGAUGAGAAACAGAAUAAAGAGUGAAUCCGAGAACAGCUCACUUUGGAGACAAAUGGGAAACAUUGUGUCUCAAUAUGAUGGGCUUAUUGCUGGUUAUACAGAGAACCCACCCCGCAAGAAGAAAAAUCUAGGCAAGUUUGCUUUCCAACUUUUAAAUGGUAUUGGUGAUUACAUCACUCUCUCUGGUGUGUUAAGUCCUGAUGGGCCACCUGACUGGAGUAGUAUGACGGAAGAGCAGAUUUCAGUCAAGUUAGGAAGAAUGGGCCAUUGUUCUGCACUCAUAAAGGUUCUUCCAGGUUAUGAAGAUAUCUUUGCAGGACAUUCAAGCUGGUUUGCAUAAGGUGCCACAAUGAGGAUCUACAAGCAUUACUUUUUCAAUCUGAAGGAUCCCAGCACAGGUGCAAAACGGAUGUCUUUUUCCAGCUAUCCUGGCUACCUUGUAUCACUGGAUGAUUUUUACAUCAUGGACAGUGGCUUAGUUAUGGUCCAGACGACAAAUAAUGUUUUCAACACUUCACUGUAUAAGUAUGUCUCGACGGAAUCCCUUCUAGCUUGGCAUAGAGUGCGACUUGCUAACUCAAUGGCUCAGAACGGGGCAGAAUGGGCAGAGGUUUAUAAACAGUACAACUCAGGUACUUACAACAAUCAGUACAUGAUCCUAGAUCUGAAACGAGUUGAGCUAAAGAAAAAUUUGCUUAGUGGAGCUCUCUGGGUUGUGGAACAGAUUCCAGGGUUGGUGGCCAGCGGAGAUCAAACUGAGAUCCUUAGAGCAGGUUAUUGGCCAUCUUACAAUGUGCCGUUUUAUGAAGAGAUAUACAAUCUGAGUGGUUACCCUGAAUUUGUGAAGAAACACGGCCCUUCUCGUUCAUACCAGCUGUCUCCAAGGGCUGAGAUAUUCCGUCGUGAUCAAGGAAAGGUCAAGAAUUUGACAUCGAUGAAACACAUCCUACGUUACAAUGACUAUCCUACAGAUCCCUACUCAGACAACAAUCCUUACAACUCUAUUUGCUCCAGAGGCGAUCUGCUGAUUCCAUCAGACAGAAGCCCAGAUGGUUGCUAUGAUACCAAGGUGACAGACUUUGGGAUGGCGAAGUCGUUAAUGUCGGAAGCCAUCAAUGGUCCAACUUAUCAGGGCUUACCUGUAUUUUGUUGGAGUCACUUCUCUUUUCCAAACAAGCAUGUUGGUUUGCCUGACUGCUAUGACUUUGAUUUUGUGACGAUGAAGCCGAAAUUUUAACACUGUACUGCGCCUGAAACAAGCUUGUGGAAUUAUGAGGAGGAGUGCAGGCGUCUUCUUCGUCAGACUUCUUCGUCGACAACAUGAUCUGUUUAAUACAAACGAGAAGUCUCUUUCAUAACAUGGAAAAAAAAUUCUAAGACUUGCUGUGUUUUCGUCAAUUUGGAGCGUAAGGAUUUUCCUAGUGCACGCUAAAAACUGUCAAAACUAUCUUAGAAGAAAAAUCUUUUUCAAUUGGUUUUAGCGAAAUACUUCUCAGUAAAACUUGAGAUUUGUUAUCAGCAAAAAACUUGUUGAUUGUUUUAACAAUUCUAUCAUGUUUUAGUCAAUUUUUUUGUACAAAUCGCACAAAUCUUUUCGAAAAAUAAUUUUCUUUGUUACCCAGAGUUUAGAUAUUGUAGUUAUGGUGAAAUAAUUUCACGAAUAAAUCAAUAGAAUCGUCUUCUAGAAUGAUGUGUGCCAAAAUGAAAUGAAAAAAUGAUCAAUAUUUGGCCUAGAUAAUGUCAUUUAUUUGUAGAAAUUUACAGAUCAUAUGUACAAGUAAAACGUUGGAAAAUCUUC